AUGGGCAAAACGGGCAAAAAAGUGAAAUCAAAUCGCAUCAACGCAAUUAGGAAACAAUACGACGCUUUCCUAGAGGAGGAUAAAAAACGGAGAGACCGAAAUGAGUACAUCCUGGAAAGACUCGAUAAAAUGCGCUCAAGCUCAGCGAUGGUACAAAUUCGUCACCCUCAACCGACUAACAUCUUCACUGAUUUCAAUGACCCUGUAAAAUAUGACAAAAGUCAGCAAUAUAUCGGAAGAUCCGUGCCCAUUUAUGAAAAACAAAGGUACUCUUUUAAUCAAGUAAGCCCAACGAUGUUGACAACAUUGAACGAAGAAGAUUUAGUGAAGGAGCUAAAAGAAAAGCUCACCGAAGAAGUUCAUAACAAUCUAUAUUCAAAUAUUAAUGUUGGGCAUCAAGAACACUUCGAACCUUUACGGCAUGUUGAGAUCACUGAGCACGAAGAAAUAAAAAACCUACAAAUGCAAAGCAACACGAAUGCUGAAGAGGAAAUGAGUGAAGUAGAUUGUACAACAGUUCAUCGUGACAUUGCUGAUAUCGUAUUAAAUGAAACAAGUUCUGGCGUUAACGAAGAUACUACAACCAUUGCUGAAGAACCUAAUUUGAGUAACACGACUAAUACUUACAAGGUGACUAAUACUAAAGACGACGAGCAAGGGUUGGCAACAGAUUUAAUGUCUGAAAGAUCUAAUGAUAUAAUUGAUAACCAAGAUGUACAGUCGAGCGUAAUAGAAAAUUUCAACUGUCCAGUCGAUCCAGGUCAAAACUAUGAACAUCAAACUAAUUCUGGCAAACUAGAGUAUGAAAAUACCGUCGAGGAAACGCAAAUUCAAGAUUUCGAAUCUGAGCAAAACAAUUUGUUUUAUUCAGAACAAACUGAAACUAAUACGUAUGACCAAAGCGGUGCAGAUAACAAAAAUGUGGAAUAUACAAAUAAUGAGAGUUAUAGGCAAAAUGAAAACUAUGUUUAUUACGAGGGAACACCACAAGAUCAACUUUAUCCGAACGAAAUAAAUGAGCACGAAGAGGCUACGGAACAAUACGAUCCCAAUUACCAGAAUCAAUAUGAUAACUACGCGCAACAAGAUCCACAAUCCGAAUCCGGAAAAGGGUAUGAAACUGAGGUAAACAAUAUUUUAGAAAGCCAACAAUACGAUACCCAGCAUAACUAUGAUCAACUGUUAUACGAUGAAACAAAUUAUAAUGCCGUAGAAGAUGUUAAACAAGAGUUAGAUGCUGAACAAGAAUAUAUAGAACCUAUUAAAGAUUUAAAACAAAAAGAAGUGAACCCGGGCAGUGAAACUAUUGAACAUGAAGUCAAAGUUUCA